UCUCAUUACCUGUUGCACGUUUGACGUGUCCGUUGUCUGUAAUUGUUUUUGUACUUAUUAAGUGUAGUGAGUGUUUUAAUUGGUAGCGAUAAGUAGCAAUGAUUACGUUAGUCCAGAGUUUCACUACGCACGUGAUCUAAAAAUUCACUUGAAUAAUAAUGUUUAGAAUUCAAUAGAAAGGAAUAUAUACAUACUUUAUAAUCCGUUAUAAAUAAAAUCAUGUCAGAUUACCUAUCUACUGAACUUGCAGCUACGUGCGCUGCACUUGGUUAUUAUGAUGGAUCCAAGUAUCAUUUAGACAAUUACUGUUUAGAUGUUAUAAAGGAUCUUAUCAAAUAUUUAAGAAGAGACGAUGAAUCUCAUACUGUACGUCAGUUUCUUGGUCAAACAAAAGUACUUCAAACUGAUCUUAUAAAAAUUUUUGUUGACCAUUACGAUAAACUUGAACUUUGGGAUGUAUUACUAAGGUUAAUUAUUAAUAUAACAAGUCCAGUUGUGCUGCUUUUUAAUGAACAAAUUCCUACUGACAUAAUGCAACGUACUAUAUACCUUAAACUAGUUGCAUAUACACAGUCAUAUAAAGUAGCUUUAAUUGAUGGACGUAUAUGGACAAUACUUAGUAAUCGUUUAAGUAAAAUUCUUAAACUAGAUAAUGUAGAAAGGGGGGAAGAAAACGAAAUGAUCAUUGAAAGGAUACUUAUUUUUAUUAGAAAUGUUUUGCAAAUUCUCCCAGAUGAAAAUGAAAAACGUGUUGAUAAUGAUGCUACAGUUCAUGAUGAGGUUUUAUAUGCACUUAAUACAUCAGGAAUUGUUGAUUUAUUAGUAUUUAUUGCUAGUAACAGAAGUGAACAACAAUAUCAUUUGCAAGUUGUAGAGAUUAUAUCGUUAAUGCUUCGUGAUCAAAGUGCGAGUGAAUUAGCGAGGUCCGGCUUGCAACGUAGUCUUAGCGAAAAAGAAAAGGAUGAAGAAACACUUUUAGCAGCUCGACUCAAAGAAAAGGAGAAAAAGAUAGAAAGAGUGAGAAAAUAUGCAGAAGCUAGACAUUCACAUUUUGGUGGAACUUACGUUGUGCAAAAUAUGAAAGCCAUUGGAGAAAAUCAGCUAUUAUGUCACAAACCAUACCAGAAGAUCGAGGCAUUAAACUUCGGCCAAGAUAAGAAAAAAGUGUCAAAACCGAAAAACAAACGUCCCAUGUGGGAUCCAAGGGGUGAACGUACAUCUGCAUUGAGUGUGAGGCUCAUUUUGAAAGAAUUUUGUAUAGAAUUCUUGAAUGCUGCUUACAACCCCGUUAUGAAAUACGCAAAGUCCUGUAUAGUCAGCGGAGCUCAAACCAAUCAAUCUGAAACAACUUGUUACUUAUGGGCCUUGCGUUUUUUCAUGGAGUUCAACCGCCAUUACAAGUUUGAAGUAAAAUAUGUGAGCGAAACAAUAUCCACGGAAGUAUUUCAUUUAGUACAAAGACAAAUGGAUCAUUAUUACGAGAUGAUAAUUACUGACAAAAAGAGAAUUCCCCUUUGGUCUCGUAGAUUACAUUUAGCAUUGAAAGCGUAUCAGGAACUUCUGUACACUCUAAUGGCAAUGGAUCAAAGUACAGAUCGUGGUGUUAGAGAAUCCAGCAAGGUUAUUAAGAGUAACGUGUUUUAUGUUCCGGAAUAUCGGGAAACGAUUCUUGCUCUCCUUCUCUGUUUCGACGAGGUUAAAAUGUCUCGACAAUAUUUGAUUGAUCUCACUACAACAGCACACAUCUUCUUAAAAAUGUUGAGCAAUUAUUGUGGAAGAAAUAAACGUAGUGUAAUAGUCCAGAAAGUGAAACCAACACGACACAAAAGAACAAAUAAAAAAAAAGCUGUACAGAAAGAACAACCUCCGGUUCGAAGCUUAGAAGAACGUUGGGACGAAGUUAGUCCCCAGCUAUCCAUUGUAAUGCAAGAAGGAACGAUACCGCAAGUUAUACCAUUUGAUGCAACGUUGGAUGUACCUAUAGAUGAUCAGAAAGUUGAUGCAAUGAAGAGGGUCCAAAAGCUACUACGGUCGAAGGAUCUGGAGCAAGCUAUUGGACUUAUUCGUGCAGCAAGGGAAGUCUGGCCCGAGAACGACAGUUUCGGAAGUGCUAAUAUUACGUCGGGGGAGGAGUUUCUAGCGCUACGGGAAAUCUUCUUCGCAGACUUGGGCGGUGAGUAA